CCAGUCACAAGGUGCCCGACGAGUUUCUCAACAAGCGCACGGACCAGGCUCGCUCGCUGCGGGACAAGUUCGAGAGCUGGGGCCCGCCGGCCGGCCGCGACGACAAGUUCACCGUGGAGGACGAUUGUCGGCCCAGUCUCGAGAUCACGCGCAGUCUGCGCGCCAAGUUUGAGUCGCUGAACGAGCCGCAGAAGCCGGCUGAGAAGACGCAGCACCGGGCCAGCCGCUUCAUCAUGGAGCCGAAUCAGGCGGCUGAGAUGUGCGACGCCUGCAACAAACGCGUCUACGCCAUGGAGCGGCUCGAGGUCGACAAGCGAAUCCUGCACAAGAACUGCUUCCGCUGUUCAAAGUGCAACUGCGUGCUGAGAAUGGACACCUACACAUUUAAUGCAGGGAAACUAUUUUGCACGCCGCACUUCAAGCAGAUGUUCAAGACCAAGGGCAACUACGACGAGGGCUUCGGCCUCGAGUCGCGGACGAAGCACUGGAGCAGCAGCACACGGACCACUCGGCCAGCAACGGCACCAAUGGCGCCGCACCGCGGCCGGGCAACGCACCAGCCGAGACGAACGGCGGCAGCCCCGAGCCGCGUGACGCGGACGAUAACCUGGAGCCGCCGCAGGAGGAGGAGGAGGAGGGGAGGAGCGGGAGCGGGAGGAGCAGGAGGAGGAGGACGAGGUCAUCCUCGCCCGCGACGAGGCCGAGCCGACCGCGGACGUGUUUCAAAAGGUGUACGAGUCGACGGUGGCGGAGAACAUGUGAUGAGCGACGACGAGCGAUCAUUUAUCCAUGCCCGGGUGGAUGGCCCGCGCCGACGGCCCCUUUCCGCCUGCGCCGACGCCGCGUGA